AACUGUUCGAUGGCGAAUACAACAUCCGACAGGCAACGUAAGGGACUACUGCAUCGAACACAUGGUGUUUACAAGACAAUGGCGAAACACCGAAACAUGUCUGUUACCGUGAUUGGAGUCACGUUGUUUCUGCUUAUAAAUUUCAGCAGCAGUUUUAAAGGAAAACAGAUGGUGAUUCCUCCAAAACCACCUGAGAGAUUUUUUCCAGUUGGGUCAGCGGUCUUGGAUUUUCCGUAUGGAAACAUAAACCCUGUUACAAACCUCCUUAACAAAGAAGAAAUUAUGUUUGUGAUGUAUUAUGCACCAUGGUGUUCAAAAUCAAGACAAGUUCGAGACGAAUUUGCUAAAGCAGCCAAAUAUUUUCAAAACCGGGUCCGCUUUGUUGCUAUCAACUGCUGGUGGCCAGAUGGAGAAUGUAGAUCAAGCUACAAGCUGAUCAGCUAUCCAGAGUUAUUUAUUUACCAUACAAAUCUGGAUGGAUUCAAAUUUACAGGGAUUCCCACAGCAGAUUAUAUGAUCAAGUUUACAGAGGAUAUUCUCUACCCAUUAAAGAUACUACACACUCGAGAGCAGAUAAAGGAGUUUAAUUCCAGAUAUGAUAUUUUAAUCAGCCAGUCCGUACAGCCAUCGUCACUCAGCCAAGUCUUGCAAGUCUCUUAGGUUUACACACUACCAAAAGUUUGAUUUUGCACAGACUGACAAAUACAUCAUUACUCUAUCCUCAAAGCAACAAUUUUACUUAUGAAUACAUAACACAUUGGAUUGGACUUUACAAACAACAGCCUGUGGUGCAGUGGUUGUCUCCCCCUGGACAUAAAACGCAGCAUUUGUCUUCAGCCAUAAACAUGGGACCAGCCAUGUUAGUGUUUACCCCUGUAAAUCAGCUACAUACAGACAGAUAUUACUAUAACAUGGUACGUGAGAUUGCUUUACAUUACCUGAACUGUAAUAAUAGCUUUUUCAUACGGGAUGCUGUUGAACUAAGCAUACGUCGUCGGGUGGAAAGUUUGGAGGGACACCUACAACAGACGGACCAAUGUCUUCACAAACAAGUGUAUAAAAACACACUAUAUAUGCCCCCUACUAAUGAUAAAAACUGCUGUAUUUCCUUGGUGACUAGUCAUGAUAAAGAAUAUAGUCAAGAUGAUUCUUGGACAGUGUGUGAGUACUGUAAACAUGUCAAAGCAACGCCUUACCUGGAGGAGAGGUCACAUCUGUGUAUGUUAGACACACCCACAAGUCUUUCAGCUGGAGCCAUGUUCAGCGGUCUUGCCAAUUCUUUACCCCAGUGUCUAAAUACUGUCCAAGACUAUAACACCAAUGAGUACCGGACUUUGUGUUGUAAAGAGUGUAGCUAUAAUGUGCUGUCCAAUGACAAAUGUUCGUCUAGAAAAACAACAGACCCUUUUAUAACCAAAAGUAAUCAGAUUUUUCAAAACCGCAAAUGCAAAAAGCUAAAAUUGCAGGAAGAACAAAAUUUGACAUCACCUUUUGAUUUCGUAAAAGAUUUCAGUCGCUUUGAUGUGGAGAAGGUGAAUGGAUUAUACUGCAGGAGUAACAGAACAUUGAAUUUACAUGUGAUUGAUUUAAAACACCACUCUGUGUUCCUGGAGAGAUUAGUACCUGGCUAUCAAAUUGAUGUCAACACACCAGCUGUGGUGAUUGUAGAUAAAAAGAAUGAAGCGCAAUUUGUUCUCGAGGAAACAUUUAACAAGAAAAAUUUAGAUUUUAAUCAGCCAGUCCGUACAGCCAUCGUCACUCAGCCGAGUCUUGCAAGUCUCUUAGGUUUACACACUACCAAAAGUUUGAUUUUACACAGACUGACAAAUACAUCAUUACUCUAUCCUCAAAGCAACAAUUUUACUUAUGAAUACAUAACACAUUGGAUUGGACUUUACAAACAACAGACUGUGGUGCAGUGGUUGUCUCCCCCUGGACAUAAAACGCAGCAUUUGUCUUCAGCCAUAAACAUGGGACCAGCCAUGUUAGUGUUUACCCCUGUAAAUCAGCUACAUACAGACAGAUAUUACUACAACAUGGUACGUGAGAUUGCUUUACAUUACCUGAACUGUAAUAAUAGCUUUUUCAUACGGGAUGCUGUCGAACUAAGCAUACGUCGUCGGGUGGAAAGUUUGGAGGGACACCUACAACAGACGGACCAAUGUCUUCACAAACAAGUGUAUAAAAACACACUAUAUAUGCCCCCUACUAAUGAUAAAAACUGCUGUAUUUCCUUGGUGACUAGUCAUGAUAAAGAAUAUAGUCAAGCUGACUCUUGGACAGUGUGUGAAUACUGUAAACAUGUCAAAGCAACGCCUUUCCUGGAGGAGAGGUCACAUCUGUGUAUGUUAGACACACCCACAAGUCUUUCAGCUGGAGCCAUGUUCAGCGGUCUUGCCAAUUCUUUACCCCAGUGUCUAAAUACUGUCCAAGACUAUAACACCAAUGAGUACCGGACUUUGUGUUGUAAAGAGUGUAGCUAUAAUGUGCUAUCCAAUGACAAAUGUUCGUCUAGAAAAACAACAGACCCUUUUAUAACCAAAAGUAAUCAGAUUUUUCAAAACCGCAAAUGCAAAAAGCUAAAAUUGCAGGAAGAACAAAAUUUGACAUCACCUUUUGAUUUCGUAAAAGAUUUCAGUCGCUUUGAUGUGGAGAAGGUGAAUGGAUUAUACUGCAGGAGUAACAGAACAUUGAAUUUACAUGUGAUUGAUUUAAAACACCACUCUGUGUUCCUGGAGAGAUUAGUACCUGGCUAUCAAAUUGAUGUCAACACACCAGCUGUGGUGAUUGUGGAUAAAAAGAAUGAAGCGCAAUUUGUUCUCGAGGAAACAUUUAACAAGAAAAAUUUAGCCCAAUUUAUGAUGAACUAUACGUCUAGUGACUUAGAAAGACACCUGCGGUCAGGAACCAUUCACUCAACUUGUUAUGGGGAACAUGUCGGUGUCUGUAUUAAGGACGCAACAUCCCAGACAUUCCAAGACAUUGCUCUACAACAGGACAAGGAUGUGCUAGUACUGCUAUAUGCUCCUUGGUGUGGCUUUUGCGCAGGUUUUGCCCAUCUUUAUCUAAACCUGGCAAAAUAUUUCAAAACGGCACAGAACCUGAUAUUUGCGAGGAUCAAUGCUGAUACUAAUGACUUACCAUGGGAGUACACAGUCAAUAGCUAUCCAACCCUCCUUUUCUUCCCAGCUCACCGGAAAUCAGAGAGUGUUGUGUUUCCUGCUUCCAUACCAAAGACUCUUCCUAACUUGAUAAAGUUUGUGCUCCACCACUCCACCCACGACCUGCGUCUGGACACGGCAGUUGACAUUUGCUCCAAUUCAUGUAUGAACCAUAAUCGAGUGGUUGUAGCAGCAACAAUAGAGACUUUUAGAUUACAGAGUCAUCAGUACACCAGGCGACUGCGCAGACUCAUGUCACAUCUGGCGUCCCUCAACAAUGCUCCAUCUCUCAAACAUCACCCAGACACAAUGUCAGAAUAUUCCUCUUCUACAGAUAAAGAUCUUCCAGAUGAUGACCUUGUGUUACAUAGAAGACGCAAACUCCAUUCAUCUAUUGCUUAUGUUCAGAAACAGAUACGUAAAACUGAGAAACGGGUCAAAGAUGCUACACAUUUACAUAAAUAUUUAUUGAAUCAUAAAAAUUUUGUAUCGGGAAAAGAGCAAUUAUUUAAGUAUUUUACUUCCCAAAUUUUAGAUAAAAAGUCCAAAGUAAAAAGCUAGUGGGGUUAUGAAUAACAAUAUUGCAUUUAUAUGUUAUGUAUUUACUUUCAUUACCUAAUAUUGAAAAAAAAAAAAUUUCCAAACCAUUUUAUUUCUUUACCUAUAUGUAUACUUUUCAUUUCAUUUACCACGAUGUCCGAAGGCUUUGGUUAAACAACUGGUAUCAUUGAGAUUGAGGCAUAUACAUGUACAUGGCCAUACACCAUUUCCUCUUAACAAGCCUGCAUGUGGUUGUCUCUAAAAAUCAUCCAUAAUGUCUCAGUAACUACUGAGGGAAUGUCUUAAUUAUUAAAGCUGAACUGUUAAACUAAAUAGUCUUUGCAAAGUUACGAAAUAUUUUACGUUCAACAUACAGCUGGUAUCCUCAACACAGAUGGGUCAGACUGUGUAUCAAACAGAUUCUAAACAUCAUACAAUUAAAGGUCACACUGCAAGGUCAUUGUACAGUAUAGUGUACAUAUAAUGCCAAAGCCUCGAUUUAUGCAGGGUCAUUCUAAACCUUUAUGCCAAAGGUCAACAUUCAAGGUCAUUCUAGACUAAUAAUAUUAUAAAGUGUUAUGCCAAAUGUCAACAAUUAGUGUCAAACUAAACUUUAAUUACACCAAAGAUCAACAUGCUAAUUUAUAUUGAACUCAUAUGCUAAAAGAUUUGUAACAUCAAUGUGCAUGGACUGAUGCAUACUUCUUUAAGAAUUCUGAGCAUCAAACAAAACAAAAAAUAUUAUUCAGGCUAAGGCUAGGGUUGUGCAAAACAUUUACUGUUUGAGUUACAAUGUCUUGAGGCCUGAGGGUUGGAUGAAUUUUUCAUUGUUUGGGCUACAUAAAUCUGGUGGCCUGGGAAUUAGGUAGAACAUUCAUUGUUUGAGUUACCAAGUCUUGUGGCCUGGCGGGCCAUGGUGGCUGAGUGGUUAAGGUGUCCUAACACUUUAUCACUAGCCCUUGACCUCUGGGUUGCGAGUCCGAAACCUACGUGUGCCAGU